GUGGUGAGUAACUGCGCGUGCGCGAGAAAUCGCACGAUCACGCACCACUGUUCGGAACAACGGGCGGAGUUUUUUUCUCUUUCGUUCCUGGGCGAUCGUCGGACUCAGUCGGACUCGGAUCGGCGAAAAGCUUUUCGCAUUUGACCGUCUAUUUAAGUGAACAUCGUUUUACCGAUCAUUUGCGAAACAAAGGCCUAUUUUCUAACUUCUUAACGACAAUAUUACUAGCUAGAGAAUCGCACUGCUGGACGAUCAAGGGGAAAUCUGUGUAACCAUCGUCUCCUGCCCUGGGUUUGGAAGUCGGGAUAAGCCGAUCGUAGGAACCCUGCAAGAAUUGCUUCGACGAUCUCGACGUCGGUGAUCAACGAAGGUGAAAACCAUAAAGUCCGACGGCGCAGCCAGGGAACAGGCGAGAGAGCCAACGUGGAACUGAGGCAGUCAUAAGCGUUCAUUUAAGUAUUCUUAUUUAUAUAUAUCGUGGAAGAAGUCCGUCACAAUUAAUAACGUACUUCUCUGAAAAUUGAUGUUACGUGGCGGUUGUUAGGUUAUAAGAUUAUGACUUUCCUCUCGGAUCUGUAGGCUAGCGGAAUUAAAACCGCAUUAUCUAAGUCGCUUUAUAUAAAAACAGGCCGUUUAUUACUUGUCGGUAGAAUAGAAUUAUAUUGAGUCGAUUGGAUAUACUACGUGUACGACAUUGUUUGCGAGCGCGGACAUCGCUUAUACCUAAUUGUAUCUCCGUGCGUGUCCUUCCGGACUAAUAAAAGAAUAAUUAAUUAGUAAAAAUGUUUUUCGAAGAAUGUAGAAAUUGUAAAAAACCGUUAACAAACGAAGCAAAUCUCAGGAAAUUGAGAAUUAUGUUUAUAGGCACCCCAAUUAUAGGAGGAAUAUUUGGCGCAUAUUUACUACCUAUACUUGGUUUUGGGUCUUCUGGAGUUAUUGGAGGUUCGGUUGCAGCCUCUUGGCAAUCGUCAAUUGGUUCAGUUGCAGCAGGUAGUUUGUUUGCAACUUUACAAUCUUUAGGUGCAACAGGAGUAGGAACACUUUUAUUUGGUUCUGUAGGUGCAGCAUUAGGUUUAUUAAUUUCAAUAGCAGAAUAUAUUGGUUGGUGCACAUGUAAUAAAAAUGUAAAAAAAAAAACCCAUACAGCACCGAAAGAUGACGAAAACUCAGACAGCUCCGAAUAUCAGGGAAUAUUAUACUCUCAUACGAAAAGUAUUCUGAUCGUAAAACCGAAUAAACGUAAAACUUAACGAGUUACAGAAUAGGCCUACAGUAGGUCAUUUUGAUAUAUACUCAAGAUAAACUU